AUAUUUGCUCUUAGUGACAGAUGUGUCGCAUUAUGAAUGUUUAUACGUCAGCUAGUCCAUUUUUUGUAUAUUGCGCAUAAUACUUUCCUAAUAUUUGCAUAUUACUGUUAAUACUCUUUAAGGAGUUAAUAGUAGAAAGGAACUCAUAAUGUUUCAGAACAUUGAUAUGAGACAUUUUUGUGAAAUUCGGGGAGUAUAAGUCAGUUUUAAAACCAAUGACGCAGUGAAUGAUAAUACUACAUAUAUCGUUAUAGGACACUACCAAGUCGAUAGGGCAUAGUAUUUCUGCACAUUACGAACCACGUCAGCCUUACAUUCUUUAAAUUCUAUCUGUGGUUUGUUUUAUUAUCAUAGAAACAGACAGCGUGGAAGUUAUGUAACCAGCAGUCAAGUUUGUGACAUUCUCGCGAAGUAGGGUAAUUCGUGAAUAAUGUGAUUGCGGGUGAUCUUCGUCUGUGCGGGUGUUUUAAUUUUAUCUUUAAAAAUUUGCUUCAAUGUGAUUAAUUUCUCCCGAGAACUUAUAGACGAAACCGUGUGAUUCAUAAAAACUGUAGACGGGACUAUGCUAUCACCAUACAAUGUUCCGUGCCUUAUUUAAUUUUCAUUUUUUUUCGCUCAUUAUUCUGAUUUUAUCUCGCACCACCACGGAAAAUGUCAAUAUAUUUAAGAAGCCAUUGGAUUUCUUGGAAUCUAAGUAUGGAGCUUUUCCAGAAAAACUUCGUUUGCAAAUGCUGGAAGAAUCGAAGAAAAUGUUCUACUUUGCAUACGAGAAUUACAUGGAAUAUGCCUUUCCAAUGGACGAACUUAAUCCAAUAAUGUGCACUGGAAGGGGCCCAGACUAUGACAAUCCAUCAAAUAUCAACAUAAAUGAUAUCUUAGGGGAUUAUUGUCUUACUCUUGUGGACACAUUAGAUACAUUGGCAAUAAUGGGAAAUGCAACUGAAUUUCAGAGAGCAGUUGGCAGAGUUCUGUUAAAUGUCAGUUUCAACAAGGACAAUGUUGUGCAAGUUUUUGAAGCCAAUAUCAGGGUUAUUGGUGGCCUUAUCUCUGCUCAUUUACUUAUCAUGGAUCCAGAUGAGCCAUUUGGUCAGUUACGCCCUUCAGGGUAUGAAAAUGACCUACUCUAUCUUGCACAUGACUUGGCCUCUCGCUUGCUACCAGCAUUUGAGAAGAGCUCAACAGGCAUUCCAUAUCCAAGGGUGAACCUGAAGGGUGGUAUUCCGGCAAAUGCAGUCUCAGAAACCUGUACAGCAGGUGCAGGGUCCUUGCUACUAGAGUUUGGAUUGCUUAGUCGUUUGCUUGGUGAUCCGGUCUAUGAAGGUUAUGCACGCCGUGCUAGCCAGGCCCUCUGGAACCUGCGGUCACAGAAAACGGGUCUUCUUGGCAACGUGAUAGAUGCAGAGUCUGGUCGCUGGUUGGGUCAUCAGAGUGGGCUCGGUGCUGGGCUGGAUUCAUACUACGAGUACCUUCUGAAGUCAUUUGUGCUGUUUGGUGAUGCCAGUGACUACGCCAUGUUUUCAGAGGCCUACAAGAACAUUAAACGAUAUAUGCGCAGAGGGCGUCCUCAUUGCAAUAGAGGUGUCGGUGACCAUCCACUUUACGUAAAUGUCGAUAUGUACAGUGGUGCUAUACAGACAUCUUGGAUUGACUCACUUCAGGCUGCUUUUGCUGGUGUGCAGGUGUUAUAUGGUGAUGUGGAAGAAGCCAUAUGUUCACAUGCAUUGUAUUAUGCCAUUUGGAAAUUAUAUGGCGUUCUUCCAGAACGAUGGAACUGGCAGCGUAUGUCUGCUGAUAUGGCAUUUUAUCCUUUACGACCUGAAUUAGUUGAGUCCACGUACCUCCUCUACCAGGCAACAAAGAAUCCAUUUUAUUUGCAUGUGGGCAUGGAAAUCUUACGAAGUCUCAACAAUUAUACACGUACAGAAUGUGGUUAUGCAACCAUUCAUAAUGUUUUAGACAAGAGUCUUGAGGACCGGAUGGAAAGUUUCUUUCUUAGUGAGACAUGCAAAUACUUAUAUUUGCUAUUUGAUACAGAUAACCAUGUAAAUAAACAUUCAAAUCACUACUUGUUCAGCACAGAAGGCCAUUUGUUUCCAAUCCAUUCUAGUUUCCGUAAAAAACCAUGGAUUGCAUCAGAAAAGUCUCAGCAAGAGGAGACAUCACCAGCUUAUAAAGCCUCAUGUGAUGCUGUUGAUGCUGACAGAAUGUACUUUCUGCCACUCAAGAGUCAUUACCUCCAGCAGAUAAGCUUGGCUUUGGGGCUAGAUAACAUCUGAGACCGGAAAAUUUACAACAGGAGACACCAAAUGGAAAUAAGUCUUAGAAUUGCAUUCCAUAUUGUGUAAUUUUAGGUUUUGCAAAAAACUUAUAAACUCAGUUGUUACUUAAAAUAUUGAAAUUCAUUGUUACCAUUAUAACAAAAACAUAAAUGUGUGUCUUAUUUAGAGAUUAUGCCAGUGUGCUUUUUAUUUGUAUUACAUUUACAGCUUUUAUUUUUGAGUUGUGUAAAUAUUUUGUGUUAAAAACUUAAUUUCUUCUUCCCACCACAGAGUAUAUUUUCAGACAAUAAAAAGACUGUGAUGUUAACUAUUAAUUGAA